AUGGGGAAGCUGAUCUCCAAAGGCUGGCGGAAAAGAGAUGCUCGAGUUAUCAUGCUGGGGCUCGACUUUGCUGGCAAAUCCACCCUGCUGUACAAACUGAAGAGCGGCCAGGCUGUGGAGACCUGCCCCACGGUGGGAUUCAACGUGGAGGCUCUGAAAACACCCUGCGGCAUAUCCUUCACCCUCUGGGAUGUGGGCGGACAGGACAGCCUGCGGGCCAGCUGGCCUAACUACCUGGAGGACAUCAACACCCUCAUCUUCGUGCUUGACAGCACAGACAUGGCCCGGCUGGCCGAAGCGAUGGCAGAGCUGGAGGAGGCUCUGAGCCACCCCGGCAUGGCUGGCGUCCCUGUGCUCCUGCUGGCCAACAAGCAGGACGCGCCGGGAGCGCUGGCUCCUGCCGAGCUGGGGGAGAUGCUGCGGCUGGGGGGGCUGGCGAGGCACCGCUGGAUGCUCCGGGGCUGCAGUGCCCACACCGGCCAGGGCCUGCAAGAAGUCCUGGCCAUCCUGGGAAUGCUGCUGCGGGGCUCAGAGCACAGCUCCCUGUCCCAGGAGCAGCCCGUGACGGGGCUGGCGGAGAGGAGGCAAGCUCCGGAGCAAACCUGAACCUCACACGGACGCUUCCCGUUCACGGCUGCCAGCAGCUUUGUCACGGGGCAUUCCAGCCUCCAGGCACCCCUACAAGGAGCAGAGCUGCAGCUGGCACACUGUGAAACACCCAGCUCCUCACCACCGCAACCCACCAGGAGGAUCUCUGAGCAAAAUUCCCAUCAUGGAGCAGUUUUGGCCGCAUCUCUUGGACUCUCAUCUCUGGCUGCAGCUUGUCCCACUGUCCCCAUGUUCCACUCAUCCACUGCACUUGUGUGUCCAGAGGUUCAGCAAGGACACUUUUAACAUCUAAGAAUUUUAACAGAGAUGUGUGCAAGGAACAGAAGUUUUCUUCAUUCUGCAGCUCUCAGCCCAGAUACAUCUAUCCAGAUGGGAUGAUCCUCGCACAGGAGGAGCUUGGAUGUGCCCCAUGCUCUCCUCUCUCAGCAUGGAUCACAUGUUCAUUGGAACGCAGGAAAGCACUGAAAGGAAUGGCUGAAUGGGAGCAGUGUAAGCUCAGGACAUCAAAUGGCCAAGAUACUAAUUUGUUUUAGUGUGGCAUCUCCAGGUGUAAUAAUCUUUAAGCCAUGGAAGCAAGCUGGGAUUUGAUGGUGUAAUGCAGUUCGAGGAUGUGUGUAUAUUAAUUUAUGCAUUUCUUGUAAUGGUUCUUUCUUUCUCCAUUCAUCAUUUUUAUCAAAGAAUUAUUUCAUGAAAAUGGUCCCUCAUUUUCCUUGGAUUAUGUUUAAAUAUAAAGAAAUCAGACGUGACUUUAAGAUGCUUGGAAAUACAUCACCAUGGCUAGCCAACCUCUAAAUAUCCUCAUGGUGGCCUGAAGAGCCAAGACAAAACCCAGUCUCAGACUUUUGAAACUGCAUGAGACCACUCCACAUGCAUUGGUUGGUAACCAUGGGCACCUCUGGGCACAGGCAGGUUGGUGACCAAAGGGCUCUCCACACUCAGCUGUGUUCAGGGCAAAUGAAAACACCCAUGGCAGC